UUCAAUUGCGUCCACUUGUUUAUUAUAUCUAUCAAGAUUUAGCACCAAUCAAACGAACACAAAUUGGAUUACCUGAAAGUUUAUUUAGAAAUCGGCAAGAAUCAAUUAAGGAACAAUAUUCAAAACAUGAAGAUGAAAGUCUGAUACCUAAAUUUUCUGAUAAACAAGAGGUCAGUAAAGUGUAUGAAUGGAUUUAUACAAAUUGUCCAUCAUUUCGUCGCUCAUGUUAUGUUAUAACAAGUGUUUGGUCUUCUUGGUUUUGUAUUGCAUGUAUAUUUGAAAACAAACCUACUGCUGAAGUUUGUGAGAUGUGUAAAGCAAAGAAAUCAACUCUGCAAAAUCAACCAUUGUCAAAUAAUGUGACUCUUAUUAACAGUCAUUCAUUAAUUAACACUACACAAACAGACAGGUUAAUUCUAAUGAAUUCGGCAACGUCGUUAAAUCCAUCUUUAACUACAACAUAUAUGUCUAUGAAUAUUCGUGAUCGUCGACAUAGAGACGAAGCAGAAGCAGAAAGAAAAUUUCGAACUAUCAUCGAACGUUGUCGAAGAACAAACACACAUUUUGUUGACGAUGAAUUUCCUCAUUCACCAAGUUCAUUAGGUGAUUCAUAUUCACAGAAUAAUUUCGAAUGGGUUCGAAUUUCAAAGUUUUGUUCUUCAUUUCGAAACGAUGAUCCUACUGAAUGGACUGUUAUGUCAUCACCAGAACCAAGCGAUAUUGAACAAGGUCUUUUAGGAAACUGUUGGCUUGUAACUGCAUUAUCUCUGAUUAGUGAAAGACCACGUAUGCUUCAACAUAUACUUCUAACACAGAACAUUAAUGAUGAAGGUGUAUAUCUCGUUCGUUUAUGUCAUAAUGGUUUAUGGAAAACAAUUAUUGUUGAUGAUUCAUUUCCAUGUUACUUUGAUGAUAUGCUUCUUUUUAGUAAAGCUCGACGUCGACAACUGUAUAUUCCAUUGAUUGAAAAAGCGUGUGCUAAACUUUUUGGUUCAUAUUCAAAAUUAAUUAGUGGUCAAAUAGAGGAGGGUCUUCAAUUGUUUACUGGUGCACCAUGUGAUCAUAUCGAUCUUGAGAAUGAUGAUGAACCAAUCGAUAGUGAUUUGGUUUGGGCAAAACUCUUGUCUAGUUGUCAAGCAAAUUUAUUAAUUGGUGCUUCAACAAGUCGUACCGAUGUGAACAAGGAUGUAUACGAUCAAUUUAAAGUACAUGGCAAUCAUGCAUUUUCGAUUCUAGCAGCUCAUGCGCUCGACAAUGAUUUAGGUCGUUUUGUUUUAUUACGUGAUCCACAUGCACACUCAUGUUAUACAGACGAACGUGUCACUCCUGAAGUUCUUCAAAUAUUACGUACUGUACAUAAAGCACAUCGUUCAUCUGGAGCUUUUUGGAUGGAAUGGUCGAAAUUUCUUCUUUUAUUUUCAAAAAUAACGAUCUCAACAUAUGUUGGUAGUCAUUUUGAUAUACGCGAACAAGCUCGGUUCAAUCGAUCACCAACCGAUUCUAUUUCCGUCUUUUACUUUCACGUACCUCAGACAAUGUUGAUCAAUGUGAGUAUGCUUUAUCAUCGUCGUGAUCGAGACUCCGGCGAGAUUCUUACGCAAUCAUUUAUAUUAGGCAAUGCGGUGGAUGAAUCAAUGCAAACUGACGAACGAAACUUGAUUUUACAUAGUCAAUACGGUCCAUGUCUCGCUUGGUUUGGAUCAUUAAGACCAGGCCUUUAUUUUAUCAUACCAUUUUCAAUCAGCUUCUGGAAUAAAGAUGAUCACGAACAAAUAAUAGACGGUUUCACAUUAGUUAUUCAAUCGAGUGUUCAAAUUGAAGGAUUACUUGGCGAUGGAUCACCAACAUUCCUUGCUGAUUCUCUCAUUGCAUAUCUGAUGAAAAAUUGUAAAGAACCAGCACAGGUAUUAUUUAUUAUUUCGAUUUUUUCUAAUCUCGGCAUUUUAUAUAUAGCAUCAAAAUACCUCUAUUUAUAUCACAAACAAGGAUCAAAAGGUGACGAUCAUAGUAGUUGA